AGAAUGUAAACACAACCGCAGCGGACGGUUGUGUUUGUUGUCUCGGGCUAAUAUCAGUUAUUAACUUUACAUAGAGAACAAAUCUGCACUUUGACUCGGGCUUUGAUAUUAAGAUUUAUAAACUCGCGUGAAAGAAACUACACCAUGUGUUAUCUGUAGAACGACAAACGGAUCGAGAGCAUCUGCUGAGGAGGUUAGCUAGCUAGUGGCGAUGUUAGCAUUGGCAACCAAGUGGUAAAGCGCCUGGAAGCUGACUCGUUAACUCGCUGACGCCCGAGGCCUUUAUGGUUGUUUAAUAGCAGCUGUGCAGUUGUUUGCUGUAUGUGAUAAUUCUGCUAGUGCUGAUCAAAAAUGACUAACAGCGUCACGUCGUGCUGCGGAGUAAUUAGCUAGCCACGCACGGUUAGUUUGAGCUAACUCCGAUGAUAGGCCGUCGACGACUGACAGCAAACGAGACACGUAAACGCAGGGCGACAGCGUCGACCGGCCGCGUCCUCCAGUCCGACCGGGCGCGAACACAGCAACCCGGGGCGACACCGACCGACCCAGCGUCAUCAUAUGUUGACUGAAAACAGGAAACGCCAGCGCAGUGGUGGUGAUGAGGAGAGUGGCCACCUGGUGCCCCGAGCCAAACGGCCCAACGGAGCCCACCCUCUCUCCCCCGAGCCGGGCCGGGAUGCCUGGGACUCUGAGUCAUCCAACAGCGAGAGCAGCAGCAGCAUCAUCAGCAGUCCAGAAUAUGCAGCUGGGAGCUGUAGCAGUCGGUGUGCAGUGGGCCCCUGCAGUCCCCUCAGCUCUGGUGAAUCCUCAGACCCGGCGGGCCCCACGAGCCUGGUGUCCUACCUGCAGAUCAAUCGCAUCCUGAGGGAGGCCCACUUCCAGAGCCUGCAGAGCCGAGGCCACCAACGAGACACGUGAUGACCUCGCGUCGCUCUGUCCGCCACCAGGAGUCCGAGGCCCUGAAAGCAUGUUGGAGCACCCACAUGCUGAAUCAUUUCACUCAGCUCUUCCCCCACCCAUCUCCAGUUUUCUGGGAAAAUCUCACAGCUCUUCAUAUCUGUGGAUUGAGACCAGCUCCUGGUCGGCAAUCUGGACGGCGUUCAUCAUUCAGAUAAAUCAAAGCGAUAAUCAUUUCAGCAAUAAUAACGGUGAGAUCACUUAAACAUCUUUUUGUGAUCCACUUGAUUUCUGAACAGUCGGGUUUACAUGCAUUCUCUACGAGCCUUUACAGUGACUGUUUGAUGAUGAUGAUGAUGAAUCCCUUUGUUGUUGUUGUUUAUUUUUUUGUCUUAAAUGUUGUAUGAAAAUAGUGCUACUGGAGCUGCACAAAUGGCACCAAACACAAUUUUAGGCCGGUCAGUGUGACUCGUUUAGUCUCCUAGUAGGAUUGCUUCAUGCUGAAUCUGAUGUCCGUGUUCGUACACGGACCAGUCUCAGGGAGGAUUUGCACUUGUCUUGGACUGCUCACUGGUUUUUGAUAUUCAGACGAGGACGCCGUCGCUGGGGGCUGUAGGGGCCAUGGGUGUUAACUUGACCAAGGAAGAUGUUUCCUGUCCUUAUUUUGUUAGAGAAUAGAGUAUUUAAAGAAUCUUGAGUGUAGACUUCAGUUAAAUGUAGUGGAGGAGAGUCAGGCUAUGGAAUAAUUGAUUAGGUUUUUAGCACAGAAAAUAAAUUAGAAGGAUUCCAUGACACUGCCAAACAGGGUUUUGAAGGGUUUUCCUCAUUUUGAGGUUGGAAAAAAAAUCUGGUACAUUUGUCCCAUAUUUAAAUAUUAGUACAAAUGUGUACCGAGAUGCGGAUCCAGAAACCCCUGGUUUCGUUUGCAAUAUUACUGAAGCCACUAAAAUGCUGUGAUAACUGCAGACAAGCCUUUUUGCCUGUGCACUGUACCAUUCAGUGGUCGCUGUACGAAUGUGCACGUGCACUGAACUUCCAGGUGCGAGCACUGACCGCGAGGCUGUGCCGAUCUCCUUUUCUUGAAGUGGGAUGGGUUUCGUUUCCUGGACCUUUAAUCUCGGGAGUAAGCUCAGCUCUUUAUUUUUAUUUCAGUUUUUUUCUUUUUUUCGGCUGGUCUGUCAGAACUGUGGUUUGAUGUUGAUUUUUUUUUUCUUUUUCUCAACGAUAUAUUUUUGUAUUUAGUAAUGUACAUGACAUUAACCUGCCAUUGAUUUUUUUCUUCUUGUAAAUAUCCCUACAUUUCAAAAAUAAAAAUUAAUGUUUUUGAAAAAAUA